CUUCGUCCAGAGAGCGACACGGCUCCUGCUGCUCGGACCAAACGUCACAACAAGAUGACGUCUCGUCUUCUCUUCGUGCUGCUGCUUUCCAGCUGCUUUCUUGUUCCUCUGCUGGGCAUCGCAGCAAACGGCUACUGCAACACACAACUAGCUUCCUGUCAGUCCUGCCCUUCUGGAUGGACUUGGUACGGCGGCUACUGCUACCUGUUUGACAACACCAAAAGGGACUGGUAUGCCUCUGAGCGUUUCUGCAACUCGUUUGAUGCAAACUUGGAAUCCUUUUCAACCCAAGGUGAAUACGAGUUCAUCAGGGGACUGAUCAACAAAGCAGCAGGAUCCGAUGCAGCGGUCUGGGUCGGAGGCUACGUUGUAGGGAAGGACAGGGUUUGGUUCUGGAGCGAUGGGGAAAAGUUCAUCUUCAAUGGCUGGGGGAAAACCGAACCGAACAACAUGGGUGGAAAUGAGAAAUGCAUGAUGAUCAACCUGAACGGCAAAGAUUACGUCAACGAUUUAAACUGUGACACCAAGCUCGGUUUGGUCUGCGCUAAAUUCCCAUAACUUGUCCCAACGCAUCUGACGAGAUGAUGUCACUUCCUGCAGGAUGUCAAGCCUCGAUGACGUCACCACUGGGACAUUAUUGGACAUGUCUGACGUGUUAUCCUUCAGAUUAUGAGUUUAAAUAAAUGCACGUUGUUUGCAAGC